AUGGCACCAGCUAUGGCCUGGCUCCUGUUCCUCCAACUUGUUCUAGAGCCAACUCUGGUCGUGAACAUCAACCUGCAGCUUGCCAUCAAGAACUUCAAAGACUUACACGUUGACUAUCCCAGGGUUAACUACCCAGCAGGUUUCCAGGGCUACUGUAAUGGUCUGAUGGCCUAUGUGCGGGGCAGAGAGCAAAGCUCAUAUUGCCCGAAGAGCCAUUAUGUGAUACAUGUCCCCUGGACAGAAGUUCAGAAAUUCUGCAAGCACUGUGAGAACUUCUGUGAGAAUUACAAUGAAUAUUGUACACUCACCCAGGACUCCUUCCCCAUUACAAUCUGCUCUCUGGUCACCAAACAGCCACCCACCAGCUGCCGCUACAAUGGUACCCUGACCAACCAAAGGCUCUAUCUGCUCUGUUCCCAGAAGUAUGAUGCUGAACCAAUAGGUAUCAUUGGCCUCUACUAG